GUGUUGGGUUUAGUGGGUACGAAUGGUACGGGUAAAUCAACAGCAUUAAAGAUCUUAGGCGCUAAAUUAAAACCUAAUCUUGGUCGAUAUUCAAACCCUCCUGAAUGGCGAGAAAUAGUUUCGCACUUUAGAGGAUCUGAAUUACAGAAUUAUUUUACAAAAAUUAUUGAAGAAAGUCUUAAAGUUGUUAUUAAACCACAAUAUGUUGAUUUAAUACCUAAACAGGUGAAAGGUGAAGUAGGUGAAGUAUUACGCUCUCGUGAUACUCGUGGUGUAUGCGAGGGUUUAAUAGAUUGUUUAGAUUUACGUCAUUUAUUAAAAAGACAAAUAAAUGAAUUAUCUGGUGGUGAAUUACAAAGGUUUUGUAUUGGGGCUGCAUGCACUGUAGAUGCACAAGUACUUAUGUUUGAUGAACCUUCUUCUUAUUUAGAUGUUAAACAAAGAAUACAAGCAGCAAAUACUAUAAGAGGAGCUCUAUCUACAGAUAAUUAUAUUAUUGUUGUUGAGCACGAUUUAUCCGUUGUAGAUUAUUUAUCAGACUUUGUUUGUUGUUUAUGGGGUGUACCUGGUGCUUAUGGUGUAGUAACAACACCAUUUAGUGUAAGAGAAGGUAUAAAUCAUUUCUUGGAUGGAUUUAUACCUACAGAGAAUCUACGUAUUCGUGAUGAAUCUCUUAACUUUAAGCUUGCUGUUGAUCAAGAUUUACUCGAAGAUAUACAGCGUCUACAUUUUUAUGAAUAUCCUGAGAUGACGAAAACCCUCGGCACUUUUGAAUUAAAAGUUGAAAAAGGAAAUUUUUCUGAUUCAGAGAUUAUUGUUAUGUUGGGACAAAAUGGUACAGGAAAAUCUACUUUUAUCAGAAUGCUUGCUGGGCUCCUUACGCCCGAUAAUACGCAAGCCCUUUCUUCUUUUGCAGUUUCUUACAAACCCCAAACCAUCUCCGCCAAAUUCCAAGGCACUGUCAAGGAGUUAUUUUAUGCAAAGAUUCGUGACGCAUUUAAUCAUCCGCAAUUCCAGACGGACGUCGUGCGCCCUCUAGACCUGGAUAAGGUAAUGGAUCAACAAGUACAACUUUUAUCAGGAGGAGAGUUACAACGUGUAGCAUUAAUUGUUGCAUUAGGUAAACCCGCGGAUAUUUAUUUAAUUGAUGAACCUUCUGCUUAUUUAGAUUCAGAACAAAGAAUUGCAGCAAGUAAAGUUAUUAAAAGGUAUAUAUUGCAUGCAAAGAAGACGGCAUUUUUAGUUGAGCAUGACUUUAUUAUGGCGACAUAUUUAGCCGACAGAGUGAUUGUUUUUGGUGGAGAACCAGGGUAA